GCAGCAGAACCAGGAGGACUACAGGAGGUGCGGGCGGGAAGCAAGAUGGGCGUGGAGGAGGACACACGCGACACCAGGAUUCUGGUGGACGAGGACGGCUUGGACAAGAACUUCCAGCAAGUUCUGGACCACAAGAAGAGGGGCCAAGAGUUCGCUGCCAGGGCGGACCGAGACCCGAACCACAUCAAUGCGCACCUAAAGGUGGACUUCGAUGACGUCAUCGCCGAGCCCCCGUCCGCGAGGAGCUCCGACAAGGUGUGGAUCUUUAGCCACGCCCUCUUCCACCUGGUCAGGUUCCUCUUCUACCGAGUCAUCAGCGUCCUGCUGGCCGUGCCGGUGGCCUUCAUCCUCGGCCUCUUCUUCGCCAUGCUCGGCCUCGUCCACGUCUGGUUGGCGACGCCCGCCAUCAGGAGCUUCCUGCUUCUGCUGCCGUCAGCACGGCGCCUGUGGACGAGCUGCAUGGACCUUUUUCUCACGCCUUUCUUUCAAAGCGCCGCCAAGAUUUGCUCAAGGGUUGACGUUCAAACCAGCGACUGAACGGGAACAUGACAGUCCAUCAAACUAUCGAUUGUGACUGUGAUUGGGAUUGUGACUGUGAUUGUGAUUGUUACUGUGAUUGUGACUGUGAUUCUGAUUCUGAUUCUGACUGUGAUUCUGAUUGUGACUGUGAUUGUGAAUGUGAUUCUGACUGUGAUUCUGAUUGUGACUGUGAUUGUGAAUGUGAUUCUGACUGUGAUUCUGGUUGUGACUGUGAUUGUGACUGUGAUUCUGACUGUGAUUCUGAUUGUGACUGUGAUU